AACAGAAUCAGCUAUAUUGGCACUGGUAGCCAGGUCUAUACUCUUAUAAACUCAAGAAGUCUGGUUUUCGUAUUCAAGUUUGUUCAGACAUGAACAAUAUUGUGCUGUUUUGCAUCCAAGCCAGCACCUUGCCGGGAUUAUAACGAUGGACCAUGCUUGUGAAGAUGAACAUUGUAUCGUGCAUUCACAAGCUGGACCGUAUUGCUCUUGAUGGCGGCUACAGUGGAUUCGUUAUACAGACUGAUGAGCCAUCAGAUGCAUUUUCCUAUGAGGACUUCUCUUUCCCUGUGCGCAAGACACAUAAGAAUUACAUUGUAAUAAAGCGUUUGGUGUAUUUCGAUCAGGCAUUGAAGGGAGACAUGCAGUCCACGCUUUCCGAGUUCACACACGACGCUCCUAUCCGUUUCUCAGACCCAAAGACGUUUGAUCUCCAAUUCAAGCUCUGCUGUCUACUUAUGGCCAUCAAGAAUACCGUACCUAUCCAUAAUAUCGCUACUCAGACGUAUUACAUAUCCCGGACACAAGAUGCAUUUGACUUUCCAGACAGAAAUGAGUGCCAAGUUGCUUAUGAAAAGCUCUCCAAUAUCAAAGUUAAACUGAACCAUGAUCGAAGCCUCCUGGGACUACAAGAGGGCAUUUUUAUCCGUAGCUAUUUCGCAGCAUAA